AUGGCGAAGUGGUACAGUUCGGUGGUUGCAACAGCUACAACAAGCAAGUGCAUUGAAUGGAUGGGUGGCGUCGGAUAUACGAAACACUUCACUGUUGAAAAAUAUUACCGCGACUGCAAAAUUGGUAUAAUUCCUUUUGACCAUUCUGUUUCUGACUGUUUUCUCAAUAAAUUGUCCUUUUUCGAAAUUUUGAAUGAUUCUCUGACAAAAUUGGGGAAUUUUAAAACUUAUGUGAUGACACUUACUCGAUACUUUGGCGACUUGAAGAACCGAUCAAUUUCAGGAACAAUUUACGAAGGAACAUCGAAUAUCCAAUUGUCAACGAUUGCUAAAAUGAUCGAUCGUGAAUACAAACACUCAUAG